AGACGACCAGCACGUGAAUUCACAGCUGAUUUCCUGGCUUUUUGUUGGUGCUGCUGCUGCUGCAGCCGCCGCUGCUGCUGCUGCCUUCGCCGUCCCCGCCGCUGCCCCGCUGCUCUCUGCUGUGUGUCAGUUUCAAACCUCGCUCCUCCAGCCCGCGGCUCCCGGAGCGACCCUCGCGUGUCCCUGCUCCCGCUUCACCCGGAGACACCAGAGAGGGGGUGCAGCACGCUGCCAGCGCCGCCCCCAGCCGCCGGGGCUUCUUCCCUUCCCGCUCGGACCGACGACCCUCGAGGAACCAGAACCCACCCCCCCCAAACCCGACCCCCAUCAUGGCACACUCUGCCCAGCUGAACAUUUUGGAGCAGAACUGCCCCAUCCAGGUGGAGCACGAUCGAAAGCGGAGGCAGUUCACGGUCAAACUGAAUGGUUGUCAUGACCGAGCGGUCCUGCUCUACGAGUAUGUGGGGAAGAGGAUUGUGGAUCUGCAGCACACAGAAGUCCCUGAUGCCUAUCGAGGGAGGGGAAUAGCCAAGCACUUAGCUAAGGCUGCCCUGGACUUCGUAGUGGAGGAGGAUCUGAAAGCCCACCUGACCUGCUGGUACAUUCAGAAGUAUGUCAAGGAAAACCCAUUGCCCCAAUACCUGGAACGUUUGCAGCCUUAAUCCCAGCCCGGACAGAGCCUGGGACGCUCGCUUCUUCAGCUCCCUCUGUCUUCCUUUGUCUCACCAGCACACUCUGUUCCUGACUGUUCAGUGCGGCCUUUGCUUCCGUAUGGUCUCAGGAAACAUCUUCCCCGCCAGGGAACAGACUCAGAAUUAUUUUUCUAAGGAUGCUCGAAACCUCAUAGGGAAGCUGCCCCUCCUCUUCUGUGGGGACCAACUGUGGCUGCCAUGGGGUUCUCUCCCGUGUCCCUCCUCUCUACCCCUCUCGUCUCUCUGCCACAUCCCCAUGGUGGGUCGUGGAAACUAGGGAGAGGUACUGUUCCUGUCUGAAUCUUACUGCCUAAUGUCCUACCCAGGGAGGUACCUGGAGAAAGGAUUUGGGGCAGUUCUUUGGUUUGGGUUUUUUUCCCUUUCCAUCCUUCAUCACCUCCUGGGCUUUACUUCAGGACCAUCACUCCCUCCCUUUUUAGGUCUGCAAGCAAAAUGUUUGUCAACCACUGGAUUUUUACCAGGGCAAGGGAGGACAAAUCUAGCCCUCCUCGCUCUCCCUUCCCUUUGUUGCAGCAAAGGGAAACAGGGGCAGAAGAUGGGAAGGGCAGGGAAAGGAGUCAGAGGGGGAGAGACAGUGCUCUUCCUUCCAAUCCCUCAGGAAUAAAGGCCACCAGUCAUCAAGGGGAUACACCAGGAAUGGAUUCAUCAAAGCAGGUCCUAGCCCGCAUCUUGUCCGAGUGGGAGUAGGAUGUGGCUCUCUCACCGGCUUACACCAAUGAGCCGCAAGAAUCAGGUGCACACCUACCUCCCCGCCUGCAGUAAGCCAAGGUCCUGGGUGCCAUGUUCUACUGCCGAGGCUGACGUGGAUGAGAUUGAGGUGGGGGUGAGGGGCACAAGGAGAAGAGGAAGGGAAUUCAUCUGUGGCUAUCUCUAGAGCCCUCCUGGCCCUCCAGGAGUGAUGCACUUCUCCCAGUCAGGGGACAGGAAGUUAACUUGACUAUGUCUUUGGAUGGAAGGACGAUUCUUGAUCCACUCUCUUCCACGUUCAUUUGAAUCCCCAUCUUUUUUUUUUCCCCUCUCCCUUUGAACAUGGUGGCUUGAAUCUAGGAGCAAUAAGCAUCAUUAGUGAUUGGAGGGUCCCUCUCCAUUGACCUUGGUGCGUCAAAUCCCAGAUGCUGCCCUCACACAGCCCCUCCCCCCACACUCCUUUUACACUUCCCUCUCUAGCCAUCUCAGAGAACAAAGGUGGGUGAAGCACAAGAGGCCGUUUCUCUUUUCAGGAUGAUACACGGGCCUAUUUGAUUAAAACAAAAAAAGAAAAAAAAUUGUGUCAGCUAAAGUUUAAGAUUCUCUAUCCUGCAUUGUCAAACACAUGCACCUAAGUGUACAUCUACGCUGAAUAAUAAGCAGAUUGGGUAAAUGCCUCAGAGGAAUAUGACUUGUACAGCCAAGGGUCCUACUGUGGCACCCAUGGGAUUCUCUGCAUGGAGACAAUUUCUAUUCAAUGUGGUUGAUCUUGGUGCCAGCCUCUCUUUGUACACCUUCCUUCUAUCUGGUCCUAAAAUAUGCCAUGCUCCCUGCUCUUUGCCCUAUUAAUAGUGCAGCUGCCAAGCUAGCCUGGUGGUAGACUGUUGGUAUCACCCAUCCUGGGACUAAGCAACCAGUUCUUGCUGAGAGACCAAGCUCAGCGUUUUUGUUACCUCUGCCUUCCACAAAACAUUAUUUUGCCUGCUUAAAAGCUGGGCUUUGGACAGGACAUCAUGCUGAUGCUUGGAAGUAAUUGAGUGAAGAUGGGAGAAGGAAACAGUGUCAGUCUUGGCAUCCCAACCCCCAUUGCUCAACUCUCACUCCCAAAGGAUAUUUUCUUUGUGUCAUGAGACAUCAGUAAUCCAUGUUAAUGGAUAGAGCUGUGCUUCUGUCUGUCCCUCCACAGCCUGGGUGUGUUCUUCACUUAACAGUAUUUCCUGAAUAGCCAAUUCAUUCCAUUCCCCAUCCCUGGUCACCAGUAGCACUCGCAGAGAUCAGAUCUUCCCAUUUUAAACUCUUCCUCCUCUCACACGUCUUUCAUUCGCUGGCUCAGUAUUAUAUCUUUGCCUUCCUCCUGGUCUUUGGCAGAAGAGGCAGCUACCUUAGAAGAAACACUGACAAGAAUGGGCUGGGGGAUGAUGGGCCUCAAUUCCUCUGUGAGACUGGAUGAGAAGCUCACCAGUGCUAAGGGCUAUCAAACUGAGACUUCCUGUGGCAUUGCAUCCUCAAGUGUGCAAGGAAAGCCGCCUGGUGCCGAGUGAGCCAAGACUGGCGUGUGUGUGUGUGUGUGUGUGUGUUAGUGGUCGG